CAGAGUGGGCAGCGGGUUACUUAAACAACUUGUGUACGGAGGUACAAGACAGUUGUGCACAGUGCGUAUGGUACGGUGAGCUAAGCACAUGGGGCCGGCGGCGAACGGUCCACAAUACCAUUUCUGUUCGGCUAGACCGGACUCGGAAUGCCCGGCUUUAGUGGGGCCUAACUCCGCAAACUGGAUCCCCGGGAUCGGGAAUUGAGUUCUGUCCGGCUCCGACGGCUGCGAGUCGAGCAUCUUGUAAGCUGUGGGAGAGCAUCCUGAAAUUUCUGUCAAAUCCCAUCCCAGCGCAAGUCGUAUUUUGAAGUAUGGGCGUAUUCCAUUAAUUUAUCAACCUCUAUCCAUAAUCCAUUCAGAUCACACCCUUGGAGAAAUUGGAUCCCGGCAACCCAAAUGUCAGCAGAAGCCGUGCCCCUCCUUGCCGGACAGCGGUCACGGUCGGCAUCCGAUUCCGCUGCCGGCAUGCGCCGUGCCGCAGCAGCUCUCGGGGACGGAUCAUCAUGCUCGCGGCGGCCUGUGCCCCAGAAUAUCGGGCAUAGGGGCUACAAUGCUGCGUUCCCGGAAAAUACCAUGGUUGGGUUCCAGGGCGCGGUGCAGGUCGGCGCCGACGCCAUCGAGACGGACCUGCACCUGUCUCGGGACGGUGUUGUCGUCUUGUCACAUGACCCUACGCUCAAGCGGUGCUUUGGCAAGGAUGAAAAGAUUGCCGACUGCGACUGGGACUACCUGAGCGGGCUUAAAACGCUCAGGGAGCCGCACGUCGGCAUGCCGCGGCUGGUCGACCUGCUCAAGUGGAUGACGGAGCCCGGGAUCGAGUCAAUAUGGCUGCUGCUCGACAUCAAGACAGAUGACGACCCGGACGCUCUGCUGAGCGCUAUAGCCGAUACCAUCGCCUCGGUACCCCCACCCCCCUCCCGGCCCUGGAGAGAAAGGAUAGUCCUCGGCGGAUGGAACGAACACUACCUCGCAGCAAGCCGCGCGCACCUCCCAGGCUACCCUUUAGCCUACAUCGGCUUCUCGCCGCUCUACGCGCGCAAAUUCCUGCCUCCUCCCUCGGGCACCUACCCGCACGACGAUGUCGAUUUUAACCUCUUGCAGGCCGCCCUGGUGGGGCCCGUGGGCGCCUGCUUCCGGCGGGCCGUGGCAAAAGCAGGGCGCAGGCUGUACGUGUGGACGGUCAACGAAGAGGCCUGGAUGGAGUGGAGCGUGCGCAAGGCCGUUGACGGUGUCGUUACCGAUGACCCGAGGCUGAUGAGGGAGGUUUGUGAUCGGAUGGUUGGUGGCGGUGGUGGUGGGAGGAGGAUUGUGGUUGAGGAUGGGGGGAAGAAGUUGGACAAGAUGGCAACGCGGAGAAGGAGUUGGCUGGGCUAUUUGUCCCUAUACGCCAGGGCUAUGGUCGCGCAGGCGGUUUCGGUCGUUCUCAUUGCCCUCCUUUGGCGGAGAUUGAACACCAAAGGGGCAAAGCCCAAGGUGGUACGCGAGAACCCGCCGGUGUCGAUACCCGUCAAGGUGUAGUUGUGGUUGUACGGCAGGAAGCUUGGGGUACAGGAGCAGCCGGGAAUGGGACCUGUUGGGUCGGGAGCGCCAGGUCGUAUUCUUCUUGGCUGUGCAUGGGUUGGAUUUCAUAUACUUUCGACUAAGCGUCUAGACUUGUGCCGGGCAUCGGGUUGAUGGAGGUUUUGGGACGAACAGAUGCCUCGGGCUAUUUUGCGGGCAAUCUGGCGUGGGACUGGGAUGGGUUGCCAUAUCGCCCAUGCUUAAUCGUAAUCCUGUGUCUCUCUCCACUUACCUACCUAUUCAAAUCAUU